CUGGAAACGCAGCGAGAGAAGCAGCAGCAGCUCUGAAGGGUCCUGUGGCUGUCGGUGGUCUCCGAGGUGCUGUAUAUCCUCCUGCUGGUGGUCGGCUUCAGCCUCAUGUGUCUCGAGCUCUUCCACUCCAGCAACGUCAUCGACGGGCUCAAGCUCAACGCCUUCGCGGCCGUCUUCACGGUGCUCUCAGGCCUCCUGGGAAUGGUGGCCCACAUGAUGUACACGCAGGUGUUCCAGGUCACCGUGAGCCUCGGCCCUGAAGACUGGAGACCCCAUUCCUGGGACUACGGGUGGUCCUUCUGCCUGGCGUGGGGCUCCUUUACCUGCUGCAUGGCAGCCUCUGUCACCACGCUCAACUCCUACACCAAGACGGUCAUUGAGUUCCGGCACAAGCGCAAGGUCUUUGAGCAGGGCUACCGAGAGGAGCCGACCUUCAUAGACCCUGAGGCCAUCAAGUACUUCCGGGAGAGACACAAAAUCGAGGCACAGAGAGGGAGAGUGACUUGUCCAAGGUCACACAGCUGGUGA